UUAUUAUUAUUGCCAUUCACACGUUUCGGCAUCACAUCAAAUUUUGGCACCAUAAAAAUAUUAAUAAAGAAAAUCUAAGAAAAGUAUGCCGAAAGUACGCCGGAGCCGCAAGCCGCCCCCAGACGGAUGGGAGUUGAUAGAGCCCACACUCGAGGAGAUCGAGCAGAAGAUGCGCGAGGCGGAAACAGAACCACACGAGGGAAAGCGCAUUUCGGAGUCCCUCUGGCCCAUAUUCAAGAUCCACCAUCAGAAGACGCGCUACAUCUACGACCUGUUCCACCGACGCAAAGCCAUUAGCCGAGAGCUCUAUGACUACUGCCUCAAGGAGAAGAUCGCCGAUGGCAAUCUGAUAGCCAAGUGGAAAAAGUCCGGUUACGAGAACCUCUGCUGCCUGCGAUGCAUACAGUCGCGCGACACGAAUUUUGGCACAAACUGCAUCUGCCGGGUGCCCAAGUCCAAGCUCGAGGAGGGUCGCAUUGUGGAAUGUGUGCAUUGCGGGUGCCGCGGCUGCUCGGGAUAAGGUCAAGGAAGGUUGUGGGACGCGGAGUCCCUGCAUCUGCUGCGAGUGCCCGAAUCCGAGCUCGAGGAAGGACAUUCUGUUAAAUAUAUGUAUUCAAGCCAAUAGCCAAUAGCCUCCCAGAGAGUUAAGACAUUGUAAUGUACAAAAAUAAAACAAUUUUAUAAAUAAAUAACAAAAAAUGGAUGCGACUUAUCGAUUUCGUGUCAUUCACAGGGUAGUCUAUCGUAGUUUCUCGCUUUCAAAUAAUUCCAUUCAGUUUAAAAAUCAAAAAUAUUCUUCAUUAUGUUUAUUAAAACGUUACAAUUUAAUUCUAUUACACUUUUGCUUAUAAACGAAAGAAACAAAUCAUUGUCAAUUGGUACACUCAUCAUAUUUUAUACAUCGUUUUCAUCAUAUUCAACCCUCUAUUAAACAACAAAACGCAAA